CGUGGAAUUUGCAUAGGCUGUGCUGGGACAGGCAGGUUUCUUUUGUUGCUGGAAACAAGGAGCAAGUUCUUUUCCCUGUCUCUGCUUCCUAAUGCCUCUUCAAAAGCUCUCAGCACUCAUUGAUGCCAUCUGCAGUUUUGUCAUCUGCAAUGACUCCUCCCUCCGCAGCCAGCCGAUCAUCUUCAAUCCUGACUUCUUUGUGGAAAAGCUGCGCCAUGAAAAACCAGAGGUGUUCACAGAGCUGGUUGUCAGCAACAUUACCAGGCUGAUUGAUUUGCCUGGGACAGAGCUGGCCCAGCUAAUGGGAGAGGAGGACCCAAAGCUGCCUGGGGCAAAUAGCACAGCCUCUGGAUUUUUUCGUUCUCUGAUGUCUCUGAAGCGCAAGGAGAAAGGGGUGGUGUUUGGCUCACCGCUGACAGAAGAAGGCAUUGCACAGGUUUCUCAGCUAAUCGAGUAUCUGCACAAAAAUCUAAGAGCAGAAGGCUUGUUUCGAGUGCCAGGCAACAGCAUCAGGCAACAGAUCCUCAAGGAUGCUCUGAACAGUGGUACAGAUAUUGACCUGGACUCUGGGGAGUUUCAUUCCAAUGAUGUGGCCACCCUACUUAAGAUGUUCCUGGGUGAAUUACCAGAACCGCUGCUGACACACAAGCACUUCCAUGCCCAUCUUAAAAUUGCAGACUUGACGCUGUUUGAUGAGAAGGGGAAUAAGACCAGCACUCCAGACAAAGAGCGCCAAAUUGAAGCCCUCCAGCUGCUAUUUUUGAUCCUUCCCGCUCCCAACCGCAGUCUGCUCAAGCUGCUGCUGGACUUGCUCUACCAGACAGCCAAGAAGCAGGACAAGAACAAGAUGUCUGCCCACAACCUUGCCCUCAUGUUUGCACCCCAUAUCCUAUGGCCCAGAAAUGUGACAGCAAAUGACCUCCAGGAAAAUAUCACAAAGCUAAACAAUGGAGUGACCUUCAUGAUCAAACAUUCUCAGAAACUCUUCAAGGCUCCAGUGUACAUCCGGGAGUGUGCCAGGCUGCACUAUCUGGGAUCCAGAGCCCACACAUCAAAGGAUGACCUGGAUUUGCUGACGUCUUCUGGCUCCAAGGAGCUGCAGCCCCUCAAGUCUCAGAAGCGAAGCCGGCUGGACUCUUGCCAUCAGGAGGAGACCCAGCAGCGCACGGAGGAGGCACUAAAGGAGCUCUUCCACCAUGUCCACAAUAUGCCUGACUCUGCAAAGAAGAAGAAGCUUAUCCGGCAGUUUAAUAAGCAUCCAAUAGCCUUGACUCCUGGCUCUGAUGUGCCCACCUCCCCAGCACCGCGACGCACUCGCUCGCGCUCCUUCAGCGGCCUCAUUAAGCGGAAAGUUUUGGGAACUCCAGUUAUCCUGGAGAGGAAGAGCAGGGAUACCACACCAGAGCCUGUGCGGGUCAGCAAAGAGAAUGUCCAACUGUUACAGAAAUGUGGCUCUCCAGCUCAUAUGUCCCAGGCAAAGCUGAAGUCUUUGGAAGGCCAGAAAGAGGGAUCCUGUAGACGCAUGCGAGCCCGCCUGCUUUCCAAGGAUUCAUCAUCCCUCUGAACCGCCUCGCACCAAUGCAUGGGUGGGGAUUGCCCAGCCUCGCAAGCUGUGAACAGAAAAUGUGCUGCACUGAGAGGGGAGUGCUGCAGGCUCACAGCAACCCUCACCAACACAGCAGCACGCUUGAAACUGGACCUUUGCAAGGAUUGCAGGGAUUCAUUUCUUUCUGUAUAUAAAUUAUAUUUCAUUCUACUAUGGGGCAAACCACUAUCUAACCAAAACUUGUGCAGCAUGUCUGACCUGCUGGCUCUGGGAAAAGCUGGAGUGCUUGCUUACAAGGAGAGCCCUGUUCACUGCAGGGCCCUGUGUGCACUCCCAGCUUUCUCUCUAAUGUUGCUAGGCUGUAUUUUUUUGCUUUUCUGCUCUGAGUUUUUAACACCUUGGCUUGUUUUUGCUUCCUCCCCCCUGUUAACAGUGAGAAUGAUGGGCUGUAACCCUUACCCACAUCCUGACAUCUAAGCUUGCCUCCAGUCCUCCUCUGGAGGCAUGCCCUUCUCUGUUUUUUCUUGUCUCCAUUUUGCUCUGCUGUUUCCAAAGGGCUGAGGAGCACAAACGGUACAGAGCACAGGAUGGGCCUGGAAGGAGAGGCUCUGGAUGCCAUCUUUUCGAGUAGGGCCUGGGGAAAGCAGCUUCCCCAAUAAACUCAUCCCUCUAUUUUAGCCUGAGCUGGAGGCAGCCCUUGUUCACUGCCUUCAUGUUUCAGUGGCACAGUUCUGAACAACGAGUGUCUUGACUUUGUGUUCACCCAGGGAGGCUUAAGCUGAGGAGAGCAAGAGACAGGCAAAGGCUGUCUGGGGCAGAACAUCCUAGUCUUUGGAAGUUAGGAUGCCUGGGGAAGGCAGAGUCUUACGGCUGUGUGUGAAAAACAGUGUGAGAGGCGAGAGAGGGCUCCAUCCAUUUGUGAUCUGCUGCAAAUGGUGACAAAGGCUUUGGCUCAAGAUAUCUGGAUGGCUGGUAAGGCAACUGGCUGAUUAGUCAUUAAACUGGGGAAAAGGGCUGAAGCUGGGUUCAGCUCUUUGGUCUGAGCUGCAGAAAUGAGAUGAGACCUUCUAGGUACAGGAUAAACCCUAAUCACAGCUGGCCAGUGUCAGCAGUCUUGUUAAGCCAAAGUGUUCCAGUAAGCCAGUCUUGCCAAGAACCUGUCUGCAAGCACUCUGAGGUAGGAUACACACAGGGUCACUACUGUGAAAUAAAGAUUUAAUCAGCUGAGGGACCAUCUAAACACUUCUCAGCCCUUCUCAGCAAAGCAAAUAAUCUCUGGAAUCCAAUUAUAUUUGUCUUUUAAUCUUUAAGAACCAGCAGCCAGCAGGAAUUAGAGCUCUGCUCUUGACAGCUUUCUGAAACAACUGGUGGCAGGAGGUGUGAAUACUGGGAUAUGAGCAGGGAGUUCAGUCUGAUUGGCUGGAGCUGUUAGAACAGGGCAUUGGAGCCCUGUGCAGCUUAGCUGGAAUUUGUCACUUUUUAAAUUGUGAUUUUCUUUUAAAGAUACAAAUCUUUGUGCUGCUCUGUACAAAGGGUGGUUUUUGGUACUUUAUCAGGGAUGCUUGUCCCCAGUCUGACCUCAAGUUGGAAAUAUAGGGGGUAGGGAGACUGUAGAUGUGUGAGUUGGGAGUUGUUGGUGUUAGGAGCCUCUGUCACAACAAAGAAAGAGCUGUGGUUCUUCAGGGACCAGACUGAUGAUGAUGCUGUGAGGAAGGGCAGAGGCUGUUUGCUGUGGUAGUAGUAUGUGCUUUUUGGAUAUAUCUGUGAUCGUUCCCUCCAGAGGCUGAAGCUGUCUAUGUGCUUUUCUCUGAAGGGCACCAUGUUUUUCUGACUGCACUUCUGCCCUGUCCCUCCAGCCUGCUGUUAGCAGAGACUUGGGAGUCUCAGGUUUGCCUCUGAGCAGAGAUGAGGCACAGACAAAGGUCAAGUGGCCCCACAGGGAGAGCUGGGUCUGCUCCUGCUAUCUCUGCUUACUUGCAUUGGGGGCAAUUGCUGGGUGAAGCAUUUGUUGACUCCUCUUCUCCCCAUUGUUCCUGCUUGGUGUAUCUCAUAUCUCUCUGUAUGGGUGACUGCUUGGCAAGGCAGUCUUGUACCUAAAACUAAAUACACUGCUCCCAUAUAGAUGAGAUGAAUGUAACUCUCCACCGUCCCCCCUUACUGAUGGCUCUAGCUCAGGGGCUCUGUCUGGCUUCUGGCACAGCUGAGAUUUGUUCAGCUCUAAGAAAAGUUACCUAUGGGGCAUUGGCCAGGCCUUCUGCAUGUGUCAGAUGCCUUACCUGCCAAGAGGGUGGGUGCUGUCUCCAGACAGAGCAGUCCCAGGAGGGGUUCAGAGCCCUGGGCUAUAUACUGUGGUGCUGGGCUUGCCAUGCUGUGGAUGGGGGUGGCUGACAGAUUCCACCCCUAGGACUUUGGCUGUUGCAGUCCCAAUGCAUUCACACUGUCUCCCAGGCACGGGAGAGUUUUAGUCAUGCUUGGAUAUGUCUCGUUUGUCUGCCCUGUGCAAUGACUCAUAAGAAUGCUUCUUCCCAGAGCAGCCGCUAACUGUUCCCGGAGUCUAUCAUUUCCAAAGUAUUUUUAAUCUUUGUCCUUAUUUAUAUACGCUAUGUCAGUACUGUUGCAGACUGUUGCCUUUCUGUGUGUUCAUGUGAAAACACCACAUUAAAUGCUUUUAUUUUUAGUGGUUUUGCUUGAUGGCUUAAGCAAUUUCUUUGGGACAACAAGGACUCCAAUUCAUCUUCAAAAAGUAGGAAAUGUCUGCUUAGAAGCCCAGAGCUACUACUCUUAAGCGUGGGGGUGUUUGGUGAGGUGCUGCCCACCUGCAGGGAUGGCACUGGCCUCCCAUGGCACUAGGGCUUGAAAGCCUCUGGGGUACUUGGAUGACACAGGGUGACCAGACAGGCUGUCUUUCCCUUGGAAGUAUGAAGUUGGACCUCUUCUUUUCCUGUUUUCCCCCUGCUGUCAUCCAGGGUGAUGGGAAAUCAGGUUUACAAAGAACACUUUAUAUAAAUAAUGGAUCAAAUGAAUAAAUUUUUCUCUGUAGGGCCAUUCUUCUCUUGCCACUCUUGGCUGCUGAGAGAAGAUG